AUGCCAAGAUUGAUCCAAGUUAGUAAAGGUAUUGUGAAAAAUCCAUUGAAUGUGACGAAGAGAAAACGACGAUCAAAACGUCAUUCAAAGAAGAAUGUUGACCGACAGUACAAUUCAUUUGAUUUACAUGAGCAAUCAAGAAUUUCUUCACAAUCUAUUUUACGUAAUUCGGUACCCUCAAAAGUUUCUCCUGUUGAAGAAAGAAUUAUCAUUCUUGAGCGACAAACUAAACCUCGAAGAUUUUGUAAAUAUUCACGACGCUGUUGGCUUGUUUCGGCUGGAGUAUUACUUGGUACAACAGUUGUUUUAGGCCUCAUUGCUACAGGCAUAGCAACCAGUUUAAUGUCAACUAGUACUCCAAGAACGACAGACACAACAACUACAUCGACUAGCACUACGACAACCACGGACACAACUACAACAACAACGAGCACAAGCACUUCUACAACUUCUCAAACAACGACAACCUCGAGUUCAAGUAGUACAACCUCAACCAGUUCCACAACCUCAACUGCCACGAGUUCUACGAGCGAUACAACUUCAACUGCUACAACGGUUAUAAUUCCAGUUCCAUGUGUUGCAACUGCAUCUUUCACAGGUCCAUCCACAUUAAAAACGUUAUCAAAUGGAGUUUCGAGCUAUAAGUGUUANCAAUGA